AUGAACGUCUCGGGCGGCGAGGGUGGCCGCCCCAAGUCGGCCUACGUGCCGCCGCACCUGCGCAACGGCCUCUCGUCGACGGCGCCGGCCUUCACGCCUCGUGCGCCUGCGCCGCACCAGGCUGCUCCGGCCAACGGCGCCAGCAAUGGCUUCCCGGCGCUGGGCGCCUCGCGUGCGCCUGCCGCGCCCGCGGCCUUCCAGAGCAACGGCGGCGGUGCCGCUGCUGCCGCUCCGCCGCCGCGUGCGCCCGGCGGUGGCCUGGCCUCGCGCGCCGGCGCCGGCGGCUGGGACUCUGCGCCUGCGCCUAGCCGCGGCGGUGGCGGCGGCUUCGGCGGCAACUCGUACAGCAGCGGCGGCGGCGGUGGCUCGGGCGUCGGUGCCUGGCGCGAUGGCGUGCACGUCAUUGGUGCGCCCAACGCGCGCCUGCAGAAGGAGCUCUUCGGCGAGGCCGGCGACGGCCAGCACCAGUCGUCGGGCAUCAACUUCGACAAGUACGGCGACAUUCCCGUCGACGUCUCGGGCCGCGAUGCGCCCGAGGCGGUGACGGAGUUCACGUCGCCGCCGAUCGACGCGCACCUGCUCGAGAACAUCCUGCUGGCGCGCUACACGACGCCGACGCCCGUGCAGAAGUACUCGAUCCCCAUCGUCGAGAUGGGCCGUGACCUCAUGGGCUGUGCCCAGACCGGCUCCGGCAAGACGGGCGGCUUCCUCUUCCCGAUCCUCUCUGCUCUCUUCACGCACGGCCCGCCGCCGCCGCCGGCAGAGAUGGCCAACGGCGGCUUCGGCCGGCGCAAGGCCUUCCCCACGACGCUCAUCCUUGCGCCGACGCGCGAGCUCGUCUCGCAGAUCCACGAGGAGGCGCGCAAGUUCACCUACCGCUCCUGGGUCAAGCCCGCCGUCGUGUACGGCGGUGCCGACAUUGGCUCGCAGCUGCGGCAGAUUGAGCGCGGCUGCGACCUGCUCUCGGCCACGCCCGGCCGUCUCGUCGACCUCAUCGAGCGCGGCCGCAUCUCGCUCGCCAACGUGCGCUUCCUCGUGCUCGACGAGGCCGACCGCAUGCUCGACAUGGGUUUCGAGCCGCAGAUCCGCCGCAUCGUCGAGGGCGAGGACAUGCCGGGCGUCAUGGAGCGCCAGACGCUCAUGUUCUCGGCCACGUUCCCGCGCGAGAUCCAGAUCCUCGCCAAGGACUUCCUGAAGGAGUACAUGUUCCUCUCCGUCGGCCGUGUCGGCUCGACGUCGGAGAACAUCACGCAGAAGGUCGAGUACGUCGAGGACGACGACAAGCGCAGCGUGCUGCUCGACGUGCUGGCCUCGAUGCCCACGGGCGGCCUCACGCUCAUCUUCGUCGAGACGAAGCGCAUGGCCGACACGCUCUCCGACUUCCUGCUGCGCUCCAACAUCGGCGCCACGUCGAUCCACGGCGACCGCACGCAGAAGGAGCGCGAGCGCGCCCUCGAGCUCUUCCGCACGGGCCGCACGCCCAUCAUGGUCGCCACGGCCGUCGCCGCGCGUGGUCUCGACAUUCCCAACGUCACCCACGUCGUCAACUACGACCUGCCGUCGGACAUUGACGACUACGUGCACCGCAUCGGCCGCACGGGCCGUGCCGGCAACACCGGCCACGCCACGGCCUUCUUCAACCGCGGCAACCGCAACAUUGUGCGCGACAUGCUCGAGCUGCUCAAGGAGGCCAACCAGGAGGUGCCGACGUGGCUUGAGGCCGUGGCGCGCGAGAGCGCGUUCGGCGGCGGAGGCGGUGGCUUCCGCAGCGGCGGCCGUGGCCGCGGCGGCUCGUCGCGCGCUCCCAUGCGCUCCAGCGGCGGCGGCGGCUUCGCUGGCCGUGACGCCCGUGGCUCGGCUGCUGGCGGCGGUGGCGGCGGCUACGGCGGUGGCUACGGCGGCGCCGGCGGCGCGUUCGGCGGCCCACCGCCGGCCAGCGGUGGCGGCGGCUCGUACGGCGGCGGCAGCGGCGGCCCGUCGUGGUGGUAA